UGCGCGGCUGAGGAGGAGGGGAAGGGGGCACGGCCGGUCUCAAGCCACCCGAGAGCGGCAUCGAGGAGUGACGGCAGCCGCUGCACCCAACUCUGCAUGUAAAAGCUGCGGUUUGAUCCUCCUCUGCUGCUCCCGAGGGAUUGCCAGUGGUCUCAGCCCAGUGGGUACCUCCAGAGCCCUCGGUGUGAAUACACUGCUGUACUUUUCCCAAGCCCAUUGACUCUCCCUCCGUCGGAUCAUCAUCCCCGCUGCCAUGCCCGUGACACAGGUCAUGGAAGGAAUAAAGCCCCCGAUCCAUGAGCAGAUCUCGGAGCUGCAGAACAAGAUCCAACUUCUCGAAGGUGACCGGAAAGCUUUCUAUGAGAACUCCCAAUGGAACAUUAAGAAGAACAAGGAGUCAAUUUUGCGGCUGAGACAAGAGAAUAAGAAAUUGCACCAGAAGUUGGCAGAUGUUCUUGCGGGAGAGGAGAAAAUAAUCAAGGCUGCUUUCCAAGAACAUCCAGCUGAGCAAGGAUCUGUGAAAAAUAAAACUGGGGAGGGUGCUAUUCAAAUGAUCAAUCACCGGCUAUGUGAGAAAAUCAAUCAGUUAAACAACCUGAAGCACCAAGUGGAGAUGAGGAAGCGGCGACUGGAGGAACUGCAGCUUCAGUACAGUACCAAGGCGCAAGAAAUCAGUGACAUCCAAGCACUAGAAGAACGGAACAUAGAAGCAGCCAAGACCUUGCGUACGCUGGAGAACCGCCUGGAAAAGGCCCAUUUCAAGACUGAAGAGGCUGAGCGCAUCACUGGCAUGUACCAGAAGCUGAAAGCACACAUGCAGGAGGAGAGCCUACAUUAUCAGAACAGACUGGAUGCCCUGGAAGCUGAAAUCUUACGCCUGCGCCAUGAACUUAAGGAUCUGGAAAGUGUGAACGCUGAGGCACUGCAUGCUCGUGAUGCAGCAAAGGAGCAGCUUUUGUCUCAAGAGGAAACUAUUUACCGAGAGCGAAAGAUGCGUGAUAAGAAGCUAAAGGACUUGAAGAAGUUGACAGAGGAGAAAAGAGCACAGAAUGAGCGGGCCGAACGGCGGCAGUCUCAAAAGGAACGUGUCCCGUUUGGGACUGAAGAGCUGCUCAGAGAGCCCCAGCCUAGGAAAUCAAGCAUCCUGAAAAGCAGGCAGGCCAUAUUUGCUGCAUCAGAAGCCUUUGACAAGAUCCGAGCUGCGACGGGUGUCACCGAGGCUGAUGAUGUUGUGGCAUGCUUCCUGGCUCAAGAAGAAACCCUCAAGCAGCUGGAGGAAAUGAAGAAUGAGAAUGAAGAAGCCCUGGUGCGGCUUAAAGAAGAGAAGGAUGCACGGCAACGGGAACUAGAGCAUGUCAAGUACUCAGGAGAGGCCCGGAAGCUGGAAGCCCAGAACUUGAUGAAGGAGUUGUAUGAACACUUGAAGAAAGAGGAGAAGAGGCGCGAUGCAACCCAGGAGGAACUUGACAAGGUGAACCGGGUUCUGCUGGAAGCCAAGGCCGGAGUGGAGCAUCUGGCCUCCAAAGUACAGCACAUCAAAGUGGAAGACAGCCGCUUCUCUUCAACCAAGUUGGAUGAGAAGGCUAACGACUAUGUGCUUGACCUCCUGGGCCAAACAGAGGAAAAGCUGCUGUACUUGCUGGAAUUUCUCAAGGAUCGAGAUAAGCAGGAGCUUCUCCGGAGAAUUGAAGAAGUGGAGUUCCAUUCGAAACUUGAGAGGAGGCUGCCAGCCUACAAUACAAGGGUCAAGUUGCCCAUUGCACAGAAACCUGACAUGUACUAUGAUGAGGAAGACAGUGGGGAGGAUGAUGCAGAUGUGGUGACACGAGCAGCCCUGAAGCGUCAGUCCCAGCAGAUUGUAGAGGCUAAGACCAAACGUCGCAAUCGCUACAGGAAGAAGGAAGGGAAACUGUGACUACGUCCUGUGUUGCCCUCCGUCUCCAGAUCCUGCUGUGCUUCGAAGUCCUUGGCUAUUAAAAGUGCCUCCUAGCCACUGGCCUCCUAUAUGAGCCAGUUCCACACUAACUUUCCAUCAAGUUUGCAAACCCCAGGAAAACGAGGAGUAUGACCCCGUGUGGAUCCAUUCCUCGUCCCUGUCCCCAUGCGGGGCAGGCAGGGACCCACAGUGAGCUGCAGCCAGUGCAUAGCUCCUGCUUCCCUGCCUUUCCGCUCCCAGCUAUGUGCGAAGCAUGGGUUCUUCAGUGCAGAAGGGACCCGGUUAUCAUGGAGGGAAGGGAGUGCUCUCUGGCUUCCUUCCAAGUUAACCCAAACUCUCCCUCCCCAAACACACAACUUUAAAUACUGAGUAGAAGGGGGUUGGGACUACCAUGCCCUUAGUUUGACUGGUUCUGCACCACCUACCAUUACUGUACUUAAUAGCCAUAGUAAAGGACCUGUCUUUAUACAUAAGGGGAAGGUCACCGAGUGGUUCGAUGUGGCUCACAGCCAGUCACACUCUCUGGUGCGGUAGAUUCGCUGUGUUUGCUGUGUGUAUGAUGCAAUAAACCCUGUUCAGGCUGAGUUGCCCCCCCACCCCAUGUCUAUGCCUCUGCUGGGAUGGAGUGUGUUGAAUUGGGCUCAACAGUUGGAAAGCAGCAGAUUUGCUUAUUCAUGUGUUACAUUUCUUUAAAAUGUUUUUAUCCCGUCUUUCUCCUUUAAAAAGGACUCAAGGCGACGAUGAUGGCAAGUUGAGUAAGGGGGGCAUUUUUCAUGUGGAUCUGCUGGGUUACGAAUCAAAGGUUAUUCUUGACUAUUUGGUUAAGACAGCAUCCAGUGCUAGAUGAUUAACCCCUGGGGAUCCAGCCUUUCCGCUAUGAUUAGCAAUUCCAAAUCCAGAUUGCACGACUCUCUUUGUUGUAAACCACAUUGCCUGGAUAGCCCUGAAUUAAAGGACCAGUG